CUAAGUGGUUUUAAAAGUUAAACAGCGCCCAUUUUGAUAGACGAAACGUACCGAAUUCGAGACACGAGUUAUAAAUCAGUUCCACUCAAGAUAAUCGCCCCUGCGUAGCUUCCGGUGUGGGCCGGAAGCGCCCUUGGUUGUUUACAUUCUUUCGGCUAGCAGCGUUAGCUUGAGCAGCUCGUUCCCAACGAUGGCCGCCACCGACCAAAACGCCUAAAAGCCGCAUUACCUCGCCGAUGUGAGGCCGCUGGACCAUGGCCGAAGCUCGUCGCCGCGCGUCCCCGCUCGUCCUGCUGCUGUUGCCGGCGGGGCUUCUGAUGGCCGCAGCCGCGGCGGAGCAGGUCGCGGUGGUGGAAGUGUACCCGGCGGAGCAGCGUCUAAGCGGAGCUCUGCUUCGCGGAGAGGUGGUGGCCGCCAGCGCCGAGGGCCGGGACGAGGAACCGGAGCACCUGGAGGGCGAACUGGUCCUGAUUCAGGGGGAGGAGCCUGGGGUGAGCACAGGUGCGGAUGGUGACGUCAGCAAGGAGGCGGAACUUUGGAUCGGCGUGCUGCCGGUGGAUGACAGUCACGUGUCCACAGGGAGGCAGGAGUCCUUCGCUGAGGCGGUGGUCAGCAGAAUGAAGCGAGCGUUGGUCCUCGGAGCGUCUGCUCUCAUCAUCUUGGCCCUCAACCAAAAGACGGUCAGAGAGGUAACCAAAAUGGAUCUGUCUCAGGUUUUGUCCAAGCCCGUCAUUGUGAUCCAGACGUCUGAAAAUGUCACCAGGCUCAUUGGAGCUCUGCUCAGGGGUCUGCAGGCCACCGCCAAGAUCACGUUCACCACCGUCCUGCACGACAACUUGGUGAGUGUUGCCGUUAGCGACACUCAGAGUGGUCAUGUGACCGGCCGUGUGUACGUGUGCCGGGGACAGGGCGCCACGCUCACGCUGUGGUCCAGCUGCGGCCGCUCCAGAGGGGGUCGCUACGGCGAGUGGCAGGGCGUCAUCUGCACGGGGGAGACCAACUCCCAGGUGCAGAAGUAUCUUCAGCAGCUUUGGGACACCGUCCUGCUGGUGGCGCUCAUCCUCAGCACGGGGGUCAUCGUUCAGGCCCGAUGGCAGUACCAGGACCGGCAGCUCAACGACAACUCGGAGGAAGUCCUGAAGACAAUGCUGUCUCUGAAGACCAAAACGUACCGUCGCCCCAAACGCUGGUGCGAGACGGACACCUGCGCCGUGUGUUUGGAGGCGUUCAACAACAACCAGUGUCUCCGCGUGUUGCCGUGCCGACACGAGUACCACCGGGACUGCGUGGACCCGUGGCUGCUGCUGCGUCACACCUGCCCGCUGUGCAAGCGCAGCAUCCUCGCCGAGCUGGUCAUGUGACCACCGCGCCAGAUGCUUCGCACUCGUCUUCCGUCCAGAGGGACAGCAAACGGUUUUUGUUUGAAGACAUCCGUGCCACGCCGCGGCGAAGGAUUGUGGGAGCAACCAUGACAACCUCAGCGGGGAGUUCCGGUCCAAAUGAUGUCAACAUGGGUGUUAUUUUUUUUUAAGUAUUUAUUGGAAACGUUGGCGCGUGGCGUCGGUACGAAAGACACGCUUGGUGCUCACUGAGCAGACUGUUUGACGUCACGUGCACGCUCCCGUGCACAUGCAAUAAGCUCGCCAGCGGUCGCGGCGAUGUCGCCGCCGAGCUGAUUUGUUUCACACGUAAUAAACGUCUUUUAAAGCGUG